GCCACGUGUUGUGGGUCUGCACAGGCGCCUUGUUAUCGGCAGCGGUGUUCGUGACUGGAGACCUCCCCUCCCCCCUCGCCCGCCUUCAGCCGCAGGGCCGGGCCAUCGACACACAUACGUACUAUUCUUACAACAAAAUCGCCCACAAAGCAUGCAGAGUGGGCGGCGUUGAGGGCGUGUGCAUGUUCGUGUGGGAGUGCAUCAAGACGGACGGGAACCACAUGGGCAUGUGCAUGGACGGCUUCAUGUUCGGCUCCUGCUGCUCGCACGACGAGGCCUCCAACAGCCUAAAGCCGUCCUCGGGCCAGAAGGAGGCGGAGGAGGUCGCCCCGGGCAUCACCGUCAGGAACACCACGGAGCCCGUAACGCCCACGAUCCCCACGCCCACCGCCACAACGGGGGCGGCUUCCGUCAUCACGUCACGCCCACUCACCAUUCAGCGGCCCACGUCCCACCCCUUGACCCAGCGCCCCGCCCCCAGCGCCGCACCGCCGGUGACCUCCGCCCCUCCCGUCAGCAGCCCUUCCUCCAUGGAGCCGCCAAGCACGCCCGCGUCGCCCGUGCCGCCCACGCCGCCCUCGCCGCCCACGAGGCCAACGCGGCCGCCCAAACCCACAAAGCCGCAACGCCCUACCACGCGCCCGUGGUGGGCGUCAGCGUACACGACCACCCCGACGCCCUCGGAGGAACGCGUUACCACUGAGACCGCGACGCCGCCCCCGCCCACUGUCCCCAGCACGCUACCCCCCACCACGACCACGACGAGAAGAACGACCACCCGGGCGCCCACUACUACGACUCGAAGGCCUACUACUACUCGACGGCCAACCACCACCAAAAGAACGACAUCUUCAACAACAACCUCAACAACAACAACGACCAUAACAACAAUGACGACGACCACAACGCCAUUGCCUCCGACGACGACCGCCGGCGCCACUUCACCAUCUGGCCCUCUGGUGAGCAGCGCGCACACCAAGCACGAGUGCGGCGUCCCGAGCAUCCUCCCGCAGCCCGAGGGGAGGAUCGUGAACGGCAGCAACGCCAGGUUCGGCGAGUGGCCGUGGCAGGUGUCCGUGCGGCGGAUCAGCUUCUUCGGGUUCUCCUCGACGCACCGCUGCGGGGGCGCCCUGCUCAACGACCAGUGGGCGGCCACUGCGGGCCACUGCGUCGAAGACCUGCUGGUGCAGCAGAUUCGCAUCCGCGUGGGCGAGUACGACUUCUCGUCCGUGCGCGAGCCCCAUCCCUACGUGGAGCGCGCCGUCAAGAGGAAGGAGGUUCAUCCAAAGUACAACUUCUUCACUUACGAGAACGACCUGGCGUUGGUGCAGUUGGAGCAGCCGCUGCAGUUCCUUCCCCACAUCUCCCCAAUAUGUCUGCCUGGCAACAACGACCUGCUCAUCGGGGAGCGAGGCACGGUGACCGGCUGGGGCAGACUCUCCGAGCACGGGAGGCUGCCGUCCGUGCUGCAGAAGGGUUCGGUGCCGAUCGUCAGCAACGCCAAGUGCAAGGAGAUGUUCCUGGAGGGCGGCCGGCGGGAGCACAUCCCAGACAUCUUCCUCUGCGCCGGGUACGAGAAGGGCGGCAUCGACUCGUGUCAGGGGGACUCCGGCGGGCCGCUGCAGGUGCGGGGAGCGGACGGCAGAUACUUCUUGGCGGGGAUCAUCUCCUGGGGCAUCGGAUGCGCCGAGCCCAACCUCCCCGGCGUGUGCACCAGGAUCUCCAAAUUCGUGCCUUGGAUUCUUGACAUUGUUACCUAAGCCACGGGAGGACGAGGAACACACAGUACAAGUGAAUUGAUUUCCAUGAGUGAGAACAGUGAUGCCAGCCUCUGCGAGCGGACCGAGUGCUCAAACGUGAAAAUCCUUGCAAGAUGUCCGGCCGUGACGACAUUCGAAAGUGAAGUGCUGCUCAGAGACGGGUCGCGACGGAGGGCGAGCCGCGUGUUCGUCUUCAGACAAUCUUUUAUAGUGUGGCAUAUUAAGUGCACUCGAACUUUUGAUUAGAAAGCAGAGUCAUGACUCGGUGCAUGCACAAAUAAAUGAUGCACACACACACGCACACACACACACACACACACACACACACACACACACACACACACA